CAUUUGCUGACCAAAGUCAGAAGAAGAAGACAAAAAAUUCUUUGUCAGUUGCUUUCGUUUCUUCUUCGUAAGCGACCUGACAGAAGUGUUUACAAUCAUGGCUGAAUAUGAUCGCGAAUUGACACCAGAGCUUACCGAGAAAAUUGUACAAUACCAGGAAGUAACUGGCACAGAAGAUUACAAUGCAGCAAGAUCACAGUUAGAAAAUCAUGCCUGGAAUUUAGAGGCAGCAGUACAAGACCAUCUUGCAUUGAGUGAUACAUCACCACCUACCCCACAGGCAUCAACAUCAUCUCAGGAUGAUCAUGAACAUCGUAACUGGGAUGCAGUAAACAACAGAGGAUUAGCAAAUGGAAGAAAUGUAGAUGAGGAAAGAGAGACUGAAGAGCGAGAAAACCUCAACAGAAAUUCAAAUCGAGGAGGAGGUUUUCUUUCGUCUUUAUUUAGGGGUGGAUACUACCUCUUGACUCUACCUCUGAGACUCACAUUGUCUUCGUUGACAUCACUGUUCUUCUUUGUUUAUAGGAUUGUUUAUCCUUAUCCUCGUAGAUUAACAGAUCCUCUUGGGGAUGUGCUUUCUUUUAUUGGAGAAUACGAAAAAGAGUAUGGUCUACAACAUCCAUCAUUUUUCCGUGGUUCAUACUCCCAAGCUUUAACACAUGCUAAAACAGAACUUAAGUUUCUUCUGGUUUACCUGCACUGUGGGGACCACCAAGACACGCCAGGAUUUUGCAGGACUACGUUAUCAGAUAAUGGGGUGGUGGAAUACAUUAAUAGCAAUCUGAUAUUUUGGGGAUGCUCAGUCACCACGGCUGAGGGCUACCGAGUUUCCCAAGCUUUAAGAGAAAAUGCGUAUCCUUUUCUGGCCCUCAUUGUUUUAAGAGAUGGUCGAAUGACUGUCGUGGGCCGUUUAGAAGGACCAAUCCCUCCAGAGCAGCUUACUUCCCAGCUUCAAAUCCUUGUAAGAGAUAAUGAAGCUUAUCUUGUAGUAGCCAGAGCAGAAAGACAAGAGCGAGAACUUACAGCUGCAUUAAGAUUACAGCAAGAUGAAGACUAUCAAGAAAGUUUACGAGCAGAUCAAGAGAAGGAGCGCAAAAGACAGCAAGAAAGAGAGGAGGUUGAGAGAAAAGAGUUGGAGGAAAAACAGAAGGUUGAGGAGCAGCAGAGACAGAAAGAUAACAUAAGACGUUUGAAAAUAGAAAUGGUUGACAGAAUUCCAGCAGAACCAGAUGAGGGCAAAGAAGGAGUAGUGCAUAUUGUUGUGAAAUUACCGCAGGGGACUCGGUUAGAGCGACGGUUUCUUGACUCAGAUAGUCUUUCUACCUUGUAUUAUUAUAUCUUUUGCCAUCCAGACUCUCCAGAUAGGUUCCAGGUUACAACAAAUUUCCCAAGGCAAGUUGUCCCAUGUGAGCCUACUGAAGCAGCUCCUCAGCCUCCAACAUUCAAAGAAUUUAGUUUGCCUCGCAGAAGUAUGCUGUUUGUCUCAGAUUUAGAUGCAUAAACAUAUUCUUGAGGUAUGGCAUAUUCAGUAUUGUACAAGUGAUUGUAUUGGUUUUGUAAUUGGAGGAUAUGUCAUGAUAUAUGAAGUUGGUUAAGUGAUGAAAUUUUGUAUGUUUUGUAAAGUGUGAGGCUGUUUUUAUUUUUUCUUACUUUUCAUUUCAAAGUAGUUACUUGGUUAGAUUAUUAAAUUUGCAGUGAGGAAGUAUCGUGGAAAGGUAGCUUUGCUGCCUAUAGUACAUACAUGCAUUAAUGUUGUUGCACUUUGUAUUUAUUUUUACAUAUGUAAUAUGAAAUGCAGUAGAAUCUCUCAAUAUUAGACUUCCAGUGAUAGAUAUGUUAGAUAACAGCAGUGUCUACUACUGGGCAAGUGGGCAUGGUAAGAGAUAUCCCUAAAUAGUUGUGGAUGGGGCAAGAUGAAGUUGGUGUAAUUGAGCAGUGUGUAUGAAAUGAGAGAUGUAAAGGCUAUGCUUAGUUCUGUUUUUUUGACAUGUAACCUGUACAGUACCACUUUGUCCAAGCAUCCACUGCUUAUUAUCUAUAUCAGUCAUCAUAGAGAUGUGAAAAUCAGUCGUUGGAUUGCUUGUAUAAUUUUAUGGUAAAGAGCAAAUUUUAUUUUAUGCAUCCUUUGUUAUUGUUGUGUCCUUUUGAUACUGUUUUUGCAUUUUUUCUUUUUACAUCUACACUUUAUUCCUUCUAUUCUUAUGUAUGUUUAUUGACUGUAAUGAAAUAUUUUUUUAUUAUAGUCCUUUUUUUCCCAGUUGGUGGCUUUCCUUCUGCAGGUAGACUGCAAUAUCUGACAUAGGGCAUAAGGAAACACUUGUAAUUUAAUUACUGUGAUCCCACUACCCAUGUAUAAUUGCUACUCUUAAUUUAAGCUUAUUUUAUCUGUGAUCAUGCUGAGCUGAUAUACAUAUAGCCAAAACUGAGGCUUAUUGAACUAAAAGAUUAUAUUUUUAAAAGGACUUUGUAGUCUUUGGACAGACACUGCAUAGUCCACUUGUAAAUGGAAAGCAGUCAGCAAGGAAAAUUGGAGAAUGCUUGAUGUAAGGUAAUGCAGCAGAAAAAUAUAUCAUCUUAAACAGUACUACCUUCUGAGUAGGAUUUACAAAAAUAUUUUUGUUAUUAUAUUAUUAUUAUUAUUAUUAAAGUAGUUUAAAUAAGAUUUCAUAGUUAUAGGCUUUCAUAGAGUUUGCCUUGUAGUAAUAAAUAAAAUAAAAGUCUUUAAAUUUUUAGUUUUACACUUUGUUCUCUAAACUCUUCAGUGAAAGCUAAACAAACUUCUGGAUUCUUUCAGCCAAACUUUACUUUUGCUUUUCAAAUAGCAUUUCUCCUUAUAAACAGAAAUUAUGCAAUAUAUUGUGCCUCUCCCAGUGGAAUCGUUGAUUGCAAUAAUUAUUGGCCAAUCUCCAUUUCUGUGGUGCUCUCUAAGGUUGCUGAAAGUUGAUUUUAAAGUCCUAUAUUUGUAACAUGAAUUUUGGCUAUAAUACGUAUAAACUUUGUAACAUAGAUAACAGGAGCUAAGGCUGUUCAUGUCAUUCCAUUUAUUUUAUUUUUCUCAGCAAUCAGAAAUAAGAUUUAGUAUUUUUUAGUGAACCAGAUCUGUUUUGUUUGGUGUUUCAAUGGGCAGUGUUCUGGGACUAUAUUUGGGGUAGUUUUAUAUUUUAUUAAUGAUUGUGAUUGUUGGGUAAGAAAAGUCAGUUUAUUAUGCAUGAUGCUACUCUGUAUAUGCAGUUAUAUUCUCCAAUGUAAAAUGCUCUGUAUAUGCAGUUAUAUUCUCCCAAAUGUAAAAUGGAGUAGCUGGUAGCCUUUACAGAUAUCUAAGAAGGAUAAAAGUAAUGUGUUAGAUAGUUGUUUGUGGGGUUGAACUCGAGCUAAAUUAAAAGCUUGCUGAUGUACUUUGUAUAGCUAACAGCGUAUUCUGAAGAUCUGACAAUACUUGAUGUUACCUCAUACUGCUUUUUUUCUCUGUUUUUCACAGAAUACAAAAUAUGUACAAUCUAACACUGCCUGAAAACUGGGUAUUAUUCGUAAGAUAUUAUGAAUCACUAGAAGAGUUGGUUGCUAUUAUUGCCAUACUCUUUAGAUUUUUUAUUCAGCCAUUGUUGGAACAUUUUGUUUGGAUGUUCAUAGCCAUCUAUGAUCUUUAUCUAAACAAAACAGCUGAAACUGGGCUUUUUGUGUUUUUCUAAAAUUGUUAUUAUGAUUUUGACCAUUACAGGGGUUUGCUGUUUGGCCCUCUUACAUAUAGUACAACAGAGAAUAUUCAAUAGUGUUGAUUGUGUAUUUUGCAGAGCACCAGCAUCUGUAUUCUUUUUUGGUUAUGUUAUCAAGCUGGUACCAGAAGUCUUUAAGUGCCAUGCAUCAUCACCUAAUUUUUUCUGACUUAUAUUUGUUAUUAAAUUUAUAAUUCUGGCCAUUAUAAUUUAUGUCAUGUUUUGUGAAAAAAUCUCACAUUCCUAAGUACAAAUAGUUAGUAUUUCAGACAUACAAGUUAGAAAAUGGUGUCCCAUAAAGAAAUAUUUUAAGUAGCACACUUCAAUUUAGGACAUUACUAAUCAGUUGCCAAGUGGAAUUAUUAAGUUUAUACAUACAUGAAUAAAUUUCCUUUAUUACAUUCUGUUAGAGCUAUGACACUUGGUAUACUCCUACACAUAAGUAUAUAACUGGGUUGUGUCAAUAGACUUGCAAUUUUCUGCUGAAAAAAAGUAGUAAUGUUUUAUAAAUGACAGAAAUAGAAUUACCUUAUAACAGUGGUAUGUACUUGAAAAAAGAAACAAUGUGAAACUGAUUAGUUAAAAUGAAACUCUUGGGCAUAAUCCUCAUUAUUUGAAGUGGAAAAUACACUUUCUAAGCAUAAAAGCUGAAGUUACAAUGUGUUAAGCUAUAUAAUAAAAAGGAUAUCACAACUUAAGAAGCUGUCAGAUCAACCUUGAUAUAUAAAGAAAAUUUUUCUUUUUCUUUCAUGGCCUAUAAACCUGAUAUAUGACUAAGGAUCAGACACAGCAUUGACUUAGUUCCAGUUCAUGAUGGAGUCAGUUUUACAUUUGAGUUUUUAAGUCUUUUCCAAAUAAAUCCUAACAUGGCAAAAGUGGUUAAUAUAUAGUAUCUAUAUAAUUUAUCCACUUUAAAGUAGUAACCAGUUGAAUUACAGUAGAAAUCCAGGUAGAUAGGUCACAUAAAUGGUUUGCUACUUACUGAUUGUGAAAUUUACUCACUGCCAUAAAGCCCUUUAAAAAAAUUAGGUUUGAUAAUACUGUAGUUAAUGUUGUUAGUUAAUACUGUAGUAUGGUUAGAGUUUAGUAGUUCUUUUUGUGCUUUUAGAGUUGUUAAACUGUAUGUUCAAUGCUAGGAAGACCAUGACAUUAUGAGGAGUAGAUUAAGGAAGAAGAAUUCAAGCAGUUAAAUUCUCCAAGAAUAAGAAAGUUGAUGUUGUGGCUCUGUGAAGUAUAAGUAAGGGUUUGGUUAAUCUUAAGCUUUUCAGUCAAAAGACAUUUGAAAAUCAGUCAUUCAUAACUAUUCACUGUUGGAAUCAACAAAAUUUUUUUUUGAGUAAAUGUGAACAUGUGAACCUAAUGUGUCAUCCAAUACUAGAACCCCCCUUAUCCUUGAUUAUAUAUUAAACUUACGGACACAACUGUACUCUAUCCAAAUAUUUUGAAUAUACCCUUGAUCAUUAUAAGCAUCAUAUAGAAAGAUAUGAAGUAAAAACACAAAUACGUGGUUUACAUUGAUGUCUCCAAGUCAUCAUUUGGGGUAGGAUUUGCAGCAAUUUUGUCUAAUAACACAAGCCGUCCUCUUUACAUAGCUAUGCUUUAGUUUCCACAGCAGAACAAUCUGCAAUAUGAUCGGCUGUUAAAUUGGUAAAAACAUUCCACACACAAAAUUGCCAUUUUCAGUUUCUCUAGAGUCCUUCAAGUUUACUUGUUAAUGGAUUAUUUUAAGCACCUAUAAAUGCUGGCCUGUGUUUGGUCCCAGUGAUGUAGGGAUUAAAUGAAGUGAAGAUGCUGAUGAAGCUGCAAUUAAUAGGACUAGUUCAAAUACAUCUGUUCCAUCAUCUUCAGUGUAUGGCAGUCUAUUUAACAUUGAAACAGACAAUACUACCAUUUAAAAAAGAAUAAGGCUUUUGGUGGAAUUUGGUAUUCAUUCUAAAUAGAUUGCCACUUUGAAAGUACUGUAGUAAUAUUCUAAUAAUUAUUCUAUCUCCUAAUAGGUUACAUCCAUUUUACAUAUGGCUAGUUGAUUAAUAGGAUCAAUCCCAAGAUUCAUAAGAUUUAUAAUCAAACAUAUACAUACUGUAUUUUAUGAUAGUCUAGUUUUCAGUCAACAGCAUGUUCAAGUUUUUGAGAGAAAUUUUGUCAGAAUCUUUCUGUAUUUUGAUUUUAUCUUAUGAGAAUUUAAGGAGUAUUAAAUAAAAUUAAUACAUAUAUUUAUUUAAGAACAGAAUCUACAGGCCAGCGCUAUGAAAGCUUAGUAUGUUAUUUUGGUGAGAUGAUUAAAUGGUUUAUUAGUUGUAAGUGAUAAUUUUUUGUAUUAUUUUCAUGUACAGAUAUUCUCUUAUACACUAGAAGCUUGUUUUGCAAGUUAAAUGCAUUUUAGGCUUGUUACAUGAAGAUUUUUGGUAAUUUUGAAUAGUAAUGAUAAUACAAUGAUAAUUGAAGUGUUUAUGUGUAUGGUUAAAAGGAAAAAAUGUUGAAUAGCAAUGAUAAUUGAAGAGUUUUAUGUGGUAAUGGGGUCUGUUAGUGGGAGAUUCUACUGUAUAUAAAUGAAACAUUCUUUAAAGAAGCAAAUUCUUAAAGUCAAAUUUUAUCAAAUAUUGACUAAAAAUAUUAGGAAACCAAAGGAUGCUAUUCUUAUGGUAGAUUUUUUUAUACUGUGCUGUUGAUCUUUUUAAGUAUAAAAUUUACACAUUUGUUUAUAUAUGCUGAAAAACUUGUAUGUUUUACAUCGUAAUUUAUUUUUUAUCUUUUCUAGCCUCAGGAGUAGUUUAGUUUUUCAGUCAGUGGGCUGUUCAAUUGUCAGUCACCAGUGUACAUUUUGUUUUAUUUUUUCUCUUCAUUGCAAUGUGGUUGAAUUUUUGGGGUGUAGGAUUUAAGGAUUCUCAGUAGAGAUUCAUAAUUAUUUUGAAAUAUGACAUCUGAAGACACAGAUUCAGUAAUAAGCAUCCUAUUUAAGGCAAAAUGUACACCAGUGGUACAUGGACAGGUUAAAAAAAAUAAGGAAGGAAAGAGGGAAUAUGUCAUUCAUGGAGAAGAAUCCCACUAGAUGUGAUUCCCAUAGUUAUUAAGUUUUAUUGUACCUCAUUUCCUGGCUUACAGAACAAUCAAAGAAUUUGUGUCUGUUGUAGAGUAUUGCACUGGACUAUUAAUGGUUUUUGUUUAUAUUGAGCAAAUUCAGUUUCAGGCUUUCCUCAUGGACAAUAUGUCUUUCAUUCAUACGUUAAUUGAAACUUGUGAAAGGAGUUACAUUUGCUGCAUGAUGAUGAUAGUAAUAAGAAAGUUUAUAUAUCUUGGUAACAGAGAUAAUAGGAACUUUGAAAGUUACAACUUUUAGUAAUAAUAGCCUUAGGAUCUUUCAUUUAAGAAAUUGAGUCCAUUAUGAAAAUAUUUAGAUUUUUAUUUCAAAUUUGAAGCUAUUUUCUAUAAUUUUUUUUUUUUACAAAAUUCUCAGACUUAGCUUAUGUCCAGAGUAUCCUCUGCAUCAGGGGUUGGAUAACAAAGAUAUUUUAUGUUGCAGUUAAUAAUAUGUGCUGUAAUAUUCGAGUUCUAGAUAGUCAAACAAUGCUGCUAAUAAAACCAUAUGAACAGUUAUAUGAUGAGUUUAUACAUCUGCUUCUUGAAUUAUAUGCAGGUAAUUUUCCAUUUUUCUGGCUUCAAAUGUUCUAUUCUUUUUAAGUAGGGUUUCAAGUCUACUGUACCACAAGGUAUGGAGGUAUAAUUAUGUGGUCUUGGGUCAAUACUUCAUGAUAAAAAUGUAAGCUAGUUUAAAGUCUCUCAAAGAUGCCAUUUAUUAAGUUAUUAUUGGAAGGUGACAGCCCUCAACUAAGUAAAGUUUGAAAAUUGAUAGUAUCACCAUUCAUUAACUUUUAAUGAUGCAGAAAUUUACUAAUUACUAUUAGGAGGCAAGUCUGUUAUUUAUCAUGUAUUAGAACAGAUUGCACUUUUUAGUGCAUUUUCUUCACAAUUUGACAAAUCUCUGAAAAGAAAAAGUAUUGAGGAUUUUAUAUAUAACUGGCUUUGUAAGAUAUAAAAAUGCUUACAGAUAGAAAGUUAAAGAACCUGGCUUAGGGUACAGCAGGAAUUUUCUGUCCAUCCUGCUGCUAUAAUCUGUUGUAGUGUAUCAUAUAGCUGUGCUUUUACAAGACCUUCCUAUCCUGCUUUCUGACAGUACAGUACAGUCUUUGGUUGUUCACAAAGGAUUUAUUUCAAGAGUUUAUUGCCUAUAUGUGAAAUAUUCUGUUGAAUUGUACUAAAUAAAAUCACCUGUAAUUGGUAAUACAUUAUUUGUAACAAUUCUCAUUCAGUAAUAUCAUGGACAAUUUUUUUCCCUCCCAGUUGAAAUUAAGCCUUCUCUCUUUGCUUGUAACAUUAGUAUAAAUCAAUUUUUGAAAUGUAUAGGAUUACAAAAAAAAUAUUAGUGUUAUGUAAUUUUGUUAUAUUUGAUAUCAGUGGCUUGUUGUUAAAGAAGAAAUAUUCCUGGUUAUGCAGUUAUUAAUAGACACUGAGUGGAGCUCAGUAGGGGAGAGAAUAUUCUGUUUUGGUUUAUAUAUCUGAAUCACUGAUGUGUUAUUGCAAUGAUUUGAAUUUAUAUUGAGCAAUUACAUUUCCUAUGCAUACAUGGUCUUUA